AUGAUAGCUAGUGACUUGGUAUCAUUGCGAUUUGCAAUGUCCGGGAGUAUCGAUUUUAUCUCCAUUCAUAACUCAUUGUUAUAUCAAUUCAAUCAAGAGAGUAUAUAUAACCAGACAUGUAAGAAGAAUGCAGAUAUUAUAAUCUGUCUGCCGGAUGAUAUGGUCAAUUUCAAAGGCAUCGUAAUGGCAAUCUACAGUUAUAUUCCGGUGGUCGUUUUCAUUGUUCUCGCCAUAUGGUAUAUUAUUCGGAGAACGAUCGUUCCAAUCUUGGUAUUAGCAACACUCGGUUUAACACUACUUCUAAACGAGGCAAUACUAAAGAAUAUUAUAAAACAACCAAGACCACCUGGUUCGUGUGCAUGCUCGUAA